GUAGUAUAUAAGAGCAGCCGGCGAUGACACGGCCAGUACUCGACCGCAGCACUCCAACACCUCAACAUGAAAUUUGUGAUCAUCGCCGCCCUCGCCGCCGUGGCCUUCGCUGACUAUGGCUCUGUGGGAUCUAGCGAGGAAGCAGAAAUCCUGCAGCACGACUUUGUUCUUGAGGAUGACGGCAGGUACAACCUGGACGUGAAGACCAGCAACGGCAUCUUGGUGUCCCAGCACGGCAGCCCCGACGGCCCCGAGGACUCCGUGGUCAAGAGUGGAGUGUACUCCUACACCGCUCCUGACGGCACCCCCGUUGAGGUGAAGUUCGUCGCCGACGAGAACGGCUACCAGCCCCAGUCUAACCUGCUGCCCGUGGCCCCCGAGUUCCCCCACCCCAUCCCCGAUUUCGUGCUGGCCCAGAUCGCUAAGGCCGCCGAGGAGGACCGCAACCGCUCCCCCGAGGACAGAUACACCUAUGCUUAAUAGCUACCUGAGAUAUAGAAUGAAAGUUGUGAGUGUCUGAUAGCGCAGAAAAUGAAACAUGUGUUUUGUGAUGUUUUUUUUUAUUGAUUUAUUUAUAUGUACAUUAAUUUAUAUCAAUAAAAAUUCUGCAUAAA